AUGCCUAGCUUCCUUAGAACAACAUUGUUGGGUGCUCAGAGACUUUUCGUGCAUCAAUCGCCCUUCCUCGUCGCGAACAUCAUUUUCUCUGCACUAAAAAGAGCAAAGAAGAAAAUCGUUCACUUCUCGGGGCUCAGCCGAAAGAAAAAAAGAAGCUUUUUCUCAAAAAAAAGGAGAAAAAUGGAAAAAGAGAAUCCGAUUACCGUUUCUGAUGGAGCCAACGAUCAAAAGAGUCGCGUCUCGUCAAAAAAACCGGCAUCUCGACCCGCGAUGCAGAUCUACAGACCUCCCGGCCUUCGAUCGGGAGUGACGGGAUCGCCGCCCGAUUCUCAGAGUGAGAAUGGCACAGGGAUUUCCCUCGUUGUAAAGAGCCAAAACCAAGCGCCACCAACCGGAGAGACGGCCGGUUCAAAGCCGUCACCAACAGCCAAUCACAAGAAUUACAAUCGAUAUGAGGAAAACAAUAAUCACCGAAAAUCACCGCCUCGAUCGGGUUUGAAUCAAGGAGAACAAAGAUUGAAUCGAACGGAGAGCAGUCUCUCGUCCGAGAGUGCCAUAUCACAGAAAUCCUCAGGCGGUGCUUCGUUCGGGAGUGUGAGUGGAGAGAUCGAGAAACUGAAAACAACUCUUGAAAAACAAAAUAAAAGCCAACGACCAACUCCACCCAAAUCGAUGCCUAUUCAGAAAGAAAAGCAGAGAAAGUUACUCUCACCAAAAGAUCUCUUCGAUAUCUCAACCGCUCUUCGCUCACUUCAAAUCCCAACGAAUAUCGCUGAAUUGGAGCAAUUGAUUGCAAGCGAAUACCGGGAUGAGAUGGCGGCCGAAUGUGUGGGCAAUUCAAUUGCUCAACACUCGAUCGAAGGUGGAACACGUUGUUGUAAACAAUCGACAAAGAUCUGCGGCUUGUUAGCGGAUACUUUAUGUUUCCCAGGUCUCAUUAAAGGUCUUCACAGUUCGAUCGCUCAAUAUUUCGAUUGUCGAGAAAGAUUGCGACAAGAGCAUUUUCGAAUGUGGAUUGCUUUUCUUAAUUUCGUUUCGGAUAUCUACGCGAAUGUUGGGUGUACACCAAAUGGUGAUUUCGCAAGUGUGGUCUUUCAAGUUUUCGAUUUUCUACUUCGGCCACCAAUUCUUGAAAAUCUCAAAAUCGAAGAAUUGGAAUGCCUAAUCGCUUGUCUUCUUUCAAUCGGCUAUGAUUUGGAGAGAGAUUGUCCGGAUCGACUUUCUCAUUUGAAAGAUCUCAUUCGAGAUGCUUUCAUCGAAGUGCACGAACCAUGGGCAAGAAAGAUGAUUCUUUUGUUAUUGGAAUUGGGUGCAUCUGGAUGGAAAUUGCCGCCCGAAGCGAACGAUUAUUAUUUCCUUCAAAGCAAUAAC